AUGUCCUCACGGAUGGAGGACCAGGAGCAGCAUCGAAGAAAGGAGGCGGAACCGGGAACGCGCCAGUUGCAGCAGCAGCAGCAGCAGCAGCAGCAGCAGCAGCAGCAUCCGGGCAAAGCUUCAUCCUUGCCAGCAUCCCAAGAUGCCCAGCCGGUCAUCAUCGAGUGCCACAAGAAGAACUCCAAGCAGGAGUCGGUCAUCACGCACCGGUUCCGCAAAGGCAGGCUGCUUGGAAAGGGCGGGUUCGCGCACUGCUACAAGGUGACCUGCGUGGAGACUGCACGGCCGUACGCGAUGAAGAUCGUGCCCAAGAGCACGCUGGUGAAGAGCCGGGCGCGCCAAAAGCUCCAGACCGAGAUCAAGAUCCACCGCACGCUGCAGCACCCCCGCGUGGUUCGGUUUGAGAUGUUCUUCGAGGACAGAGAGAACGUCUACAUCCUGCUGGAGCUCUGCACCAACCACUCCUUAUCGGAGCUCAUCCGAAAAACGAAGCGCUUCACGGAGGACGAGGCUCGGCGGUACAUGCUGCAGAUCCUGGAGGCUACGAGCUAUUUGCACCAGCACCAGAUCAUUCACCGCGACCUUAAACUCGGCAACGUGUUCUUGGACCGCGACUGGAACAUCAAGAUGGGAGACUUCGGGCUGGCGACCAAGCUGGCCCAAGAUAGUGAGCGAAAAAGAACAAUCUGCGGAACCCCCAACUACAUCGCACCCGAGAUCCUAGAGGGAAAGGCGGGGCACAGCUAUCAGGUGGACCUGUGGUCAGCGGGGGUGAUCCUGUACACCAUGUUGGUGGGAAGGCCCCCCUACGAGUCUACCGACGUGAAGUCUACCUACCGCCGCAUCCUGGCCAACGUUUACACCUUCCCGGACUCGGUUCCUGUCAGCGAUAGCGCCAAGGACCUUGUGGGGAGGCUGCUCCAGGUGAAGCCGGAGCUCCGCCCGUCCCUCGACGACAUCCUCAACCACCCCUUCCUGCGGAACGGCGGGCCCCGGCAGCGGUUCUCGACCUCUCAUGGGCUCCGAGGCUCGUCGGCAUCCUCCUCCCCACCCUCCUCGGCCGUCACCAACGGUGGCGGCGGCGGUGGCUCGAGUUCUACCGCUAGUCGCUUGGGUUCGCAGAAGCACGGCGGCACCCCCGAGCGAUGCGCCCCAAGCGGAGGGUUCGGGCGGCCACCGUUGAAGACGAGGAGUUCUAACGUAGAGACGGAGGCGGCGGAGGGAGGUGGCGGCGGUGUAACGGCGACGGCGGAGGGCGCCGCCCGUUUGGCAAAGGCGAGGCCUGGGACCCCGACGCCGACAGGAAAAGCGGGAGGAGACAGAGGGAGGGACGUUACCGGUGGGCGGCACGCCUCCAAGCGAACUACUGCCUGUCCCACCUCAUCGCGCUCCAUCGUUCCUCGCACCCACAACACCAAGGGCUUCAGCGUAUACUGCGACACCAAGGAAGCAGCUGGGAGUCGAGGGAGAGGGGCGGGCGCCAGCGAUGGCGGGGCGCAGAGCAGUAGCAGCAGGCGGGUCGCUUCUACGACUGGCGGCGGCGGCAGAAGGAGUGCCGCCGCGAGCGCGGGCGGCGCCGAGGCGGCCGUGAAGUCUCCCGGCGGGGACAAGGAAAACGACCCCCGCUCGGCAAUCGGCGGCGGUGGGACCGGCGGGGUGCGGGUGCCCGUCAACGGACCCAUCUCUCGCCGGCCUGUCGUGCGGUCGGCCUCUUCGGUGGGCUCUUCCGGCCGCGCGAGCGGCCGGGAUAGGGCCGAGGGGAACAGCACCGGCGGCGGCGGUGUGAAGGGGCUCGCCGCCGGCGGCAACCGAAAGGCGAGCAUCCGCCGAUCCGCCAGCGCGGUCGAAAUGCAGGCGGACCACCGACGCGUCGCGUCGGCUAGGGAAGCGGGGGGGGAGUACGGCUCCAGAGGGAAGAAGGCGGCAGCGGGCGCUGCAGCAGCAGGGGCGGUCACUCCGCGCGUUCGCCCUUCUGCCGCCCCCAGGGGUACGGCGGUCGGCUCCCCGCCGACACCAUCCCCGUACAGAUCAUCUCCGUUGCCUGGCCCGGCUUCCGGCGGGGGCGGCAGCAGGAUGAGCACCAGGAUGGUCGCGGUCGGGGGCGGGACGACUCCCCGGAGCCAGGCGAAGAGCAGGGGGGAUGCGCGGCAGCGGUUGGACUUCGGGAACACGCCAAGAUCAACGAGGCAGCGCAAUUCUCCUGCUGCUGCGGCGGCGGGACCGUCUAGCGGAGGAAGAGGCCGGUCGACCAGACCGGUGAAAACCGGCGGCGCGGCUGCUGCUGCUGCUGCUGCCGCCACCGCUAGCGCUGCUGCUGCUGCUGCUGCUGCCGCCGCUAGCGCUGCUGACUCCCGCGGAGUUAUGUCGCGCCCGUCAAGAGCGAGGGAUAGUGUUUUUGCGGGCUCUGCGUCACGACGGGAAGCGGAGGCGGCGAGCUCGGGAGCGGGAGACGCUUGGCCCGCUGUCGACCUGGAUAGGGAUACCCUGGAGAACAUGCACGAGUUGCUAGUGAAAAGCUUUGCGGCGGGUCCCGCCGCUGGCGCCGCCGGUGGCAGCGCGCCGAGCCGGUCCGGAGCGGCCCGCGGGACGAGGGCAUCGGCAGCCGCAGCGGCGGCAAGAGAAGCGGCGAUCGCGGCGGCGGCGGCGCCGCCGCCGCCGGCCCCAACGGUGUGGGUCACGCGGUACGUGGACUACUCGACCAAGUACGGCCUCGGCUUCCUGCUGUCGGACGGAAGCGCCGGCGUUUACUUCAACGACGCCACCAAGAUCGUCCUGGAGCCGGCCGGUGUCGCGUUCGAGUACAUCGAGCGAACGCGCAGGUCGACGUCUUCUUCGCCGGCUUCCGGCGGCACCGGGGAUCAGCCGCCGCGCGCGAGGCACACGUUGGAGGACUUCCCUCCGGAGCUCCAGAAGAAGGUGACCCUCCUGAACCACUUCAGGGGAUACCUCCACGAGCUGGUCAAGAAGGGUAAGGACGGCGGCGCCGGUGGCUCUUCUGGUGAGGGGAACGAAGAGGAGGCGGUUUCAGCCCAAGGGGAAGGGGCAGAGCCGCUGACCUUCCUGAGGAAGUGGCUGCGAACACGCAACGCGAUCCUAUUUCGGCUGAGCAAUCGCACCGUGCAGGUGGUGUUUGCGGACCACACCGAGAUCUUGCUCUCGAACGAGGCACGCGUGGUGACGUUUGUCGACAAGCACGGCAGCCGCGAGACUCACUCCCUUCAGGGGGUGCUCCAGGAUCAGAGUAGGUCAGACAUCACCAAGCGCGUCCGAUACUCGAACGAGUUGAUAGCACAGCUCCUUCGGCGGGCGUGACAAGACUGAUGGUGUACUUGGAGCGGAGGCGGUGUUACCUGGUGACGUGAAUGUGUUUUGGCCUACGAGAGAGACUGGUUUGGUGUUGGAUUCGUCGUGCGCAGCCCUGGUGUAACGUCAUUUACCAUCGGACCCUUGAAGCGCCAAGACGUGGAACACGUCUGUCAGAUUUUUGCCCAAGACCCGGGGGGCAGUUUGAGUUGUCCAAGAGAGAAUAGAUCCUAUUAACACAUAGUACUGACGUAUUAUAUAAAAAAACCAUUCCGGCCGGUCGUUAGCCUGCAAUUCAGACAUACUCCAUUUUAGGACAGGCUCGCACGCGAUUGGCGUUGUGCCGCGAUAUUUUUCCCUCCCGCCGACCAUCAUCAUCGGCCAGGUGAACAUAUGAAGGCAAUAGGUAGUACCAGGUGGGGGGCGGUACGUCAUGGCAAACGAGGGGUNGGGGGGGGGGGGGGGGGGGGGGGGGGGGGGGGGGGGGGGGGGGGGGGGGGGAUACCCACAUUUCGCACGAGCGAGUGUCCACCUCCCAGAUUGUCGGGCAGUAAAAGGUGUAAGCGUCCAAGCACGCAUAAUAAGUAGGCAUUCGGAGGGAGCACGACGCCGCCGGGCCUGGUGACACAGAAAGUCGCUCGUAGCACCCAGUUGGUGUACUUCGAGGAGGAGUGAUUGGUUCACAACGAGUGAGGUGCUAGGUUUAGUUAGCUUGGUCGUUUGUCCCACUUCGGUUUUGUGAUUCCUUGCUGUGGCGAUUGGUGUGAGGCAGGUAGGGUGCCAUUCAUAGAAAGCAGGGCGCAGAGCAGUCGGUCACCGUGUUCAACGGAGACAGAGGUGGUUGGUUC